GGACUUACAUUGACUUCACCCUUAGAUCUCUCUUUAUUUAUUGCAUGACGCAAUCUCUCAUCUUUUUAAAACAUUUUCAGAGAUCAUUUGUAUUGUCACUCACUUCAUUGCUUGCUGUUACAAAGUAGAAGAACUUGAAGGGCAAAGGAGAGCAAAAUUUGUGGAUUCGAGGUAGACUAAUUUAAGAUAAUUUGUAAGUAAAAUGACCAUUGAUAUGCCCCAAUCCAUAGCCCAAAAUGUUAGGGCAAGCAGAUCUUCCUUUAGCUCUAGCAAUGCCAAUGAGGAUACCCCUGUACGCAACUAUGCUUCUGUUAGCAAUGAUGAUGACUAUGACAGUGAUAGCACCAAUUUUGCACCACCUUGCAGCACGCCAGUGGCUGUUCCAGCAGAACUCGCUGGAGCUGUACCCUUGAUUGACAGAUUCCAAGUGGAUGGAUUUUUAAAAUUAAUGCAGAAACAAAUUCAAUCUGCUGGGAAACGUGGGCUAUUUUCUAAAAGAUCUAUAGGUACCCAAGUUCGAGAAAAAUUUACAUUUGAGGACAUGAUGUGUUUUCAAAAGGAUCCAAUUCCAACCUCAUUGCUUAAGAUUAAUGGUGAUUUAGUAAGUCGGGCAACAAAAUUAUUCCAGAUAAUUUUGAAAUAUAUGGGAGUUGAUUCCUCUGAUCGUGUAACUCCAAUAAGCUUAGACGAACGAGUUGAGCUUGUAGGGAAACUAUACAAGCAAAGUUUGAAACGUUCAGAACUCCGAGAUGAACUUUUUGUUCAGAUAUCAAAACAAACAAGAAAUAACCCUGAGAGGCAAUACUUGAUUAAAGCAUGGGAGCUCAUGUAUUUAUGUGCAUCCUCCAUGCCUUCAAGUAAAGAAAUUGGGGGUUAUCUAUCGGAAUAUGUUCAUAACAUAGCACAUGGUGUGACUACUGAUCCUGAGAUCCAAGCCCUUGCAUUAAGUACAUUAAAUGUAUUGAAGCGUUCUGUCAAGGCUGGUCCCAGACAUAUAAUACCUGGGCGUGAGGAGAUUGAAGCUCUGUUGACGGGGAGAAAGCUUACAACUAUAGUGUUCUUCCUAGAUGAAACAUUUGAAGAAAUUACAUAUGACAUGUCAACUACAGUUGCUGAUGCUGUUGAGGAACUUGCAGGGCUCAUUAAACUGUCAACAUACUCUAGCUUUAGUCUGUUUGAAUGUCAUAAAGUUGUUACUGGCUCCAGAUCACCUGAUCCUGGGAAUGAGGAGUACUUUGGGUUAGAUGAUAACAAAUAUAUUGGGGAUCUCCUGGCUGAAUUUAAAGCAGCAAAGGAUCGAAGUAAGGGAGAAAUCUUGCAUUGUAAACUGAUUUUCAAGAAAAAGUUAUUUCGCGAGUCAGAUGAAGCUGUGACAGAUCCAAUGUUUGUGAUAUUGUCCUAUGUACAAUUGCAGCAUGAUUAUAUUUUGGGUAAUUACCCUAUUGGAAGGGAUGAUGCUGCUCAGCUUUGUGCGUUACAAAUCUUGGCUGAGAUUGGAUUUGUUAGCACACCUGAAUCGUGCACUAACUGGAAUUUACUUCUAGAGCAAUUCCUGCCUAGACAAGUUUCAAUGACACGAGGGAAACGGGAAUGGGAGUUUGACAUACUUUCUCGUUAUCAGUCAUUGGAGCAUUUGACAAAAGAUGAUGCAAGACAACAAUUUCUGCGUAUAUUGAGAGCACUUCCUUAUGGGAAUUCUGUUUUCUUCAAUGUUCGCAAGAUUGAUGACCCUAUUGGGCUCCUACCUGGACGAAUAAUGUUGGGAAUUAAUAAAAGAGGGAUUCAUUUUUUCCGUCCAGUUCCUAAGGAAUAUUUGCACUCAGCUGAGUUGAGAGACAUAAUGCAAUUUGGAAGCAGCAAUACUGCAGUAUUUUUUAAAAUGCGAGUUGCAGGAGUUCUUCACAUAUUCCAGUUUGAAACCAAGCAGGGAGAAGAAAUUUGUGUAGCUCUUCAGACACAUAUAAACGAUGUUAUGCUGCGCCGCUAUUCGAAAGCACGAUCUGUGGCUACUGGUUCUUUGAAUGAAGAUACUUCUAGUAAUUUUAAGCCUCCUAAUUUGGAAUUAUAUGAGAAGCGUGUAAAAGAUUUAUCAAAACUUGCUGAAGAAUCUCAAAGAAAUGCUGAUCAAGUGCUUGAAGAAUUGCGUGAGAAGCAAAAACAAGAAGAGAAAAUGCAAGAAGAAUUGGAGGGCUUGAAAGAAUCCUUAAAAACUGAUAAGCAAAAUCUUGAGGCUGUUACAAGUGAGCGGGAUAGGCUUAGAUCAUUAUGCAAUGAAAAAGAUAAGGCACUACAGGUUACAAUUCUAGAGAAAAGGAACAUGGAAGCAAGGGUGGCCAAGUUGAAUAAUCUAGUGAUUGAGAACACUUCCAAAAAGGAUCUUGUUGGAGCAGCUAAUAACAGAAUGCUACCAAAGCUUGAAGAUGAGCUAAAACUUUGUAAAGAUGAGCUGCUUGCAGCUGAAGAAACUAUUAGAAGGUUGUCAAGUGAAAAAUUGAUUUUGGAACAGAAGCUAAUUGCGCAUGAGAAAAGGAAUGCUGAAGAGAUUAGUUCUCUUCAACGGAAACUCGAGCAAGAAUGCAAAACUGGGAAAUCUGAAGUUUAUGACCUUGAAAGGAAGCUAGAAGGAUGUAUACAAGAAUUAGUGGCUGCUAAGUCUGCUAUUUCAGUAAAGGAUUCUGAGUUGGCUGCGUUGCAGAAUGAAUUGAAGGAACUAGAAGAAUUGAGAGAAAUGAAAGAGGACAUUGAUAGAAAGAAUGAACAAACAGCUGCCAUACUGAAGAUGCAAGGAGCUCAACUAGCUGAAAUGGAAGUGCUAUAUAAGGAAGAGCAGGUUCUAAGGAAGCGUUAUUUUAAUACAAUAGAAGAUAUGAAAGGCAAGAUCAGAGUUUAUUGUCGACUAAGACCUCUUAGUGAAAAAGAGAUUGCUGAGAAAGAAAGAGAAGCUCUUACUACAGUAGAUGAGUUUACAGUUGAAUAUCUAUGGAAAGAUGAUAAACCAAAGCAGCACAUAUAUGAUCGCGUUUUUGAUGGUGAUGCAACUCAAGAAACCGUAUUUGAGGAUACAAGGUAUUUGGUGCAAUCUGCGGUAGAUGGUUAUAAUGUCUGCAUAUUUGCUUAUGGUCAAACUGGCUCUGGAAAGACAUUUACAAUCUAUGGAUAUGAAAACAACCCUGGAAUUACCCCGCGUGCUACUGCAGAACUUUUUAGAAUUUUGAAGAGAGAUAAUAACAAGUAUUCUUUUUCAUUGAAGGCAUACAUGGUGGAGUUAUAUCAAGAUACCCUUAUAGAUCUUCUGUUACCUAAGAAUGCAAAGCAUUUAAAAUUGGAUAUCAAGAAGGAUCCGGCGGGAAUGGUUGUUGUGGAAAAUGUAACAGUUGUGCCAAUUUCUACAAUAGAAGAAUUAAAUAGCAUAAUACAAAGAGGAUCUGAACGGAGGCAUAUAUCAGGAACCCAAAUGAAUGAAGAAAGUUCAAGAUCUCAUCUUAUUCUAUCAAUUGUAAUUGAAAGCACUGACCUUCAAAGUCAAUCAGUUGCAAGGGGAAAGCUGAGUUUUGUGGAUCUAGCUGGUUCAGAAAGAGUGAAAAAGUCAGGUUCUACAGGUAGUCAACUUAAGGAAGCCCAAAGUAUCAAUAAGUCAUUAUCAGCACUUGGAGAUGUUAUUAGUGCUUUGUCUUCUGGUGGUCAACACACACCUUACAGGAAUCACAAGUUAACUAUGUUGAUGAGUGAUUCUCUUGGUGGUAAUGCCAAAACUCUCAUGUUUGUGAAUGUUUCUCCAGCAGAAUCAAGCUUGGAUGAGACACAUAACUCUCUCAUGUAUGCAUCACGAGUGAGAUCCAUUGUGAAUGACCCAAGCAAAAAUGUGGAUUCAAAAGAGAUAGCAAGACUGAAGAAAUCGGUUGCCUAUUGGAAAGGGCAAGCUGGUAGAAGACUUGAGGAUGAAUUUUUGGAAGAAAUUCAAGAAGAUCGACCAAAUAAAGAGAGGGUGGAUAAUCGUAGUAGCUUAGGUAAGUAGGAGCUCACAAACAGCCACCACUACACUGUAUUGGCAUAUGCUCUAUUUUCUUUUUGGAAUGUUCUAUCAGUUUCCGUGAUCAAACAGGUUGGAUAGAUUGUGUUAUUUUAGAUGGAUCUAGGUUGUA